AUGGAGGUCAAAUUAGAGAAAAAGGACGCAGCUGAUUGGUCCUACAGAGGCGAAGGUGCUGCUAAUUUAGUCCUCGCCUACACUGGAUCAUCUACCGAUUUUAUUGGGAAAGUAAUGAGGAUAACAAAAACAGCAAGGAACGGAUCACCAAAGUGUAACUCUAACCAAUCAGCAUUAACAGAGGAAGAACGGUUGUUAUGGAGAGACGUGGAAGAGUUAGUUAAGUCUCCUACGAAGGAAAUUGCAGAGCAGAUUUAUACUCAGCAAGUCAUGAGUCCUUUGUUAGGUCCCAAACACGUCGAUGCCGGGAUGCGUGUGCUGGUGACGACGGAAUUUCUUGAGUGUGUUGAAAAGAAUGUUCUUGAACAGCGUCCGCCUUCGCGAGUUGAUGUUUCUAUGGUUAAUGUGGAGAGUGAUUCUGUGAUUAUCAUGUCUGAUCAUUCUCUAUUUCCUGGAGGUAUUCUUAAAGACAGACCUUGCAUAUCUGUUGAGAUAAAGCCCAAAUGUGGAUUUCUCCCUGUAUCAAAAUUCAUAGCUGAAGGAAAUUCUGUUAAAAGGACCACUACUCGUUUUCGAAUGCACCAAGUCCUGAAGUUGCAUGAACACGAGAUAUCGGAGUUAAGUGAGUAUGAUCCUCUGGAUCUGUUUUCUGGUUCCAAGGAAAGAAUACAUAAAGCCAUCAAGGAUCUCUACAACACUCCUCAGAACAAUUUCCGCAUAUUCUUGAAUGGUUCUCUUGUAUUUGGGGGCCUGGGUGGUGGCACGAAGGGAACUAAUGCUGUGGUUGGAAAAGCUUUUGAAGAUGUACUCAAGGGCAUCAUCCAGGCAGAAGACGGCUUGCGGACGAUGAGUUUUGUACAGCUUGUUGCUGAGACAGUUUACUGCUCUAGGGUACUAGAUGAGCUUCUUAAAGUUCAAAAGCGUGACAAUUUUGACAUUGAAGGGGCCAUUCAUGCAUAUUACAACAUUGUUUCUCAGCCUUGUGCUGUAUGCCAACAGUUGGAUGAAGCAAGACUACCACAUAGAUGUUCCUCCUUGCAUUCCAUUCGUAUGGAUGAGAGUUUGAAGAUAGUGAAGGAUUAUUUGAUAGCUGCUACUGCAAAGGAUUGUAGUUUGAUGAUUAGUUUUAGACCAACAAAAGGUGGGGAGUUGGGAUCUCCAUAUAGUCAUGUACACCUACAAUCAACCAACCAAAGUUUUAAUUACAAGGUGAAUUUCAUUGAUUUGGAUUUGAAACCUUUAAAGAAGAUGGAAGGCUAUUUUGAAUUGGACAAGAAAAUAGUGAACUUCUACACUCAAAUGUUGGAAAUGGAGCAGAAAGAUGGCAAAUGCUGGGAGCAUGGAGAGGAGUUUAAUGAGGAAGAAGGGUUGAAAGGGACAAAGGACACUCUUGGGCUCAACAGGGAAAGUGAUGCAUCAACUACUAUACUGUCAUUCCAUCCCCAACAAAAAAAGACAAAUAUGUGGCAACGGUGGGGACAAGUAGUGCGCGUUCAUCUGACCCAGUUCCCAACAAAGGUGAACCGAGAAAUUGAAGGACACGACAACAUGCAAUAUCAGAAAACUGUUGUGUCAGUGGAACUGCUCUGUUCAAAAUGCAGACGGAAGGUGAUGAAGUUAAUUGCCACAAUAGAGGGGAUAACUUCUAUUGUCCUUGACUCAUCAAAGAAUACGGUGACAGUGAUUGGUGAAGCGGAUCCAGUAAAGAUCAUUUGCAAGGUAAGAGAGUAUAGAAAAUCUGCUGUUAUUAUGAGCACAGGGCCUCACAAGGAAGAGAAGAAAGAUGACCCAUAUAAGAAAGACAUGACGAAAGACAUGGUUAUCCCUUACGCUCCAAGGAUAUGCCAGAGCUGCGACGUGUGGGCCUCUUCUAGGCUUCUGACAUGGGAUUUAUUAUACAAUUACUGCAGUAGCUACCUGUGCCUCCUCCCUAGGAAAAUUGGCAGAGUAGAAACUAUGAGGUUCUUAGAGGAGAGUUUGCCACCACCCCCUGAAUAUGAAACUAUCUUGUCGGUGGUAGCUCCUCUCACGGCCUCUGCCGUUGUUUUUUGCUCUAUCAUGAACGACCUCUUUCCCGAUUCUGUCAAUGAAUACUUGUCUUCAAGUCUUCAAAAACUAUCAGCCCGUUUAUCAUCCCAAAUCACCAUUGUUAUUGAAGAAUCUGAUGGACUUGUUGCCAAUCAAAUGUUCAAGGCUGUCAACGUGUAUUUAGGCUCUAAGUUAUCGCCUUCAACGCGUAAAAUCAAGGUGAAUAAGCAAGAAAAGGAGGAUGAACUAGAAGUUAGUAUUGAUAAAAAUCAAGAAUCGUUCGAUGUGUUUGAAGGAGUGAAGUUGAAGUGGGUGUCGGCAUCUCGUGUUGACAGGCUAGUUUCUUCUAACAGGAAACGCCAAGACAGUGCUUUUUCACGGUCUGAGGUACGAUAUUUCGAGCUAACUUGUCGUAAGAAGCAUAGAGAAAAGGUUUUGAGUUCAUAUUUACCUUAUAUUUUACAAAAAGCUAAAGCAAUAAUAGAAGAAAAAAGGACAGUGAAACUGCAUACUAUUGACUACAAUGGUACUGAUUAUUGGGGUUCCGUCAAGUUUGAUCAUCCUGCUACGUUUGAUACAAUAGCAAUGGACCCAGAUAUGAAAAGGGAAUUGAUUGAGGAUCUAGAUAGGUUUGUAGAAAGGAGGGACUUUUAUAGGAGGGUAGGCAAAGCUUGGAAACGUGGGUACUUGUUUUAUGGACCCCCUGGAACAGGGAAGUCAAGCUUAGUUGCUGCCAUGGCUAAUCAUCUCAAAUUCGAUGUUUAUGAUUUGGAAUUAAAAGAGGUCCAAUGCAAUUCGGAUCUUAGGAGGUUGUUGUUUGGCACAGGCAAUCGGUCCAUCUUAGUGAUCGAGGAUAUUGAUCGUUCUUUUGAGUCCAUCGAAGAUGAUAAGGUAACUCUAGGAGGCCUUCUGAAUUUUAUUGAUGGCUUGUGGUCAAGCUGUGGAGAUGAAAGAAUAGUAGUGUUUACAACAAAUCACAAGGAGCAGCUUGAUCCAGCAUUACUAAGACCAGGGCGUAUGGAUGUCCACUUGCACAUGUCAUAUUGUACUUUCUCUGGCUUCAAGACACUGGCGUUUAAUUAUUUGCAUAUUCAAGACCAUCAACUGUUCAGAGAAAUUAAGGAGCUGUUUGAGAAAGUGCAAGCUACACCUGCAGAAGUUGCUGGAGAACUAAUGAAAAGUGAGGAUCCAGAAGUUGUACUCCAAGGUCUAAUCAAGUUCCUCUGUGACAAGGAAACAUCUGAAACUAGCAAGAAUAAUUGA